AUGGAGAAGGCAUUGGAAAUCCUCAGCUCUGUUCCCCUGAUUGACGGACAUAAUGACUGGCCCCAUCUCAUCCGAGGAUUUUAUGACAACCAACUAGACGAGCGAUUCCAGCCCGGCAAGUCGUUGGUGGGCCACGUCGACUGGAAACGGCUGAAGGAAGGGAAGUCCGGCGGAGCAUUCUGGAGCGUAUACGUUGACUGUCCUGAAACCGAAGAUCCCGCCGAUGAUGCAGCGCAUUUCGAAGCUUUGAGGGAUACCUUGCAGCAAAUCGACCUCGUCCAUCGGUUGGUUGAUCUGUAUUCCGACCACAUGGGCCUCGUCCAGAAAGCCUCCGAUAUUAUGCAACUGUUUCGGGAGGGCCGAUUUGCCAGUUUGAUUGGAGUAGAGGGUUUACAUCAGAUUGCGAAUAGUGCAAGCGUUCUUCGACUCUACCAUAAGCUUGGAGUUCGAUAUGUUACGUUGGCGCAUAGCAAGAACAACUUGUACGCGGAUAGCGCUACAGCCAGGUUACCGGCUCACGGAGGCUUAUCACCCCGGGGCAAGGACAUGGUGAGAGAAAUGAACAGAAUUGGCAUGAUUCUGGACCUAUCGCAUACAAGCGAAGCCGUUAUGCAUGACGCCCUUGACCUCUCCGAGGCUCCCGUCAUCUUCUCGCACUCUUCUGCAGCAUCCAUCGUCCCAAGCGUUCGUAAUGUCCCAGACACCAUCCUUGAGAAGCUAAAGGAAAACAACGGAGUCAUCAUGAUCAGUUUCAUCCCGUCUCUCACGAGUACGGACGCAGAAACAGCAAGCAUCGACCAGGUCGUGGACCAUAUCGUUCAUGUUGCUGAGCUAGUUGGGUGCGAUCACAUUGGUCUAGGCUCAGACUAUGACGGGAUGUUCAGCGCGGUCCAAGGAGUCGGGGACGUCUCUCGGUAUCCCAAUUUGGUGGCUAAAAUGCUUGAGCGAGGAAUCGAUCGUCCAAGUGUGGAGAAAAUAGUAGGGCUUAAUAUUAUACGAGUACUGGAGGAAGUUGAAGUGAGAUCUGCACAUUGCCGGGAUCAACAUCCUGUCAUGGAGGACUCGGUCAAGCAGCUAUGGAACGACCAGUUUAGGGCUAUGGUGAGGCAGACAUACCCUCUCGCGGAGAGGGACCUACAACAACAACAACAACAACAAGGGAACUCACCGUAA